AUGGUCGGUUGCGGUGCGUGGCAGGACUUGCACCUGGCGCGGAACGCGCUUGGUAGUCAGGGCGCGGUUGCCAUUUCUCGAGCCUUGAAGCUCGACCAUGCUCCAGCUUUAGAGUGGCUGUCUCUCACGGAGAACGCCAUCGGUGACAUGGGCCUCCAAGCGCUGUCGGCGAGCGUCGCAAGGAUGCCGCGGCUCGAGUGGUUGGACCUGGAGCUGAACGGUAUCACUGACAUCGGCGCCAGUGCUCUGGGACAAGCGCUAUCCCAGACGGCUGGCCUCGGAUUGCGAGAGCUGGACAUGCGCGGCAACAAGGUUGGAGAGCAUGGCAGCCUACGUCUGGAGCAGGCCAAAGCGAACGUGCUUGGCCUUCAGUUCUGGCUUGGACCCAUGACCGUUGGACGUCCCCGAGCCGAGGCUCCCUCCCAGCCCAUCUGCGAGCCCGAGCCUCCUCCGCCCACGGACGAAGAGUCCGUGACGGCUGUGGUCGCCCUGACCUGUGCGAAUCUCGCAGCGAAGUACUGGCAGCAGCGAGGCAUCCCCGAGCAACAACUGCACUGGCUCUCCUGCAAUGCCUUCACCCGCCAAGACUUCGUAGACGCUGAGGUGGAUGUCCUCCGAGUCCUGGACUACAACGUCCACUGGGACGGGGCACUCUUCGCCGAAUGGGUGCCUCUUCUCCUCUUCUUCUGUGAGGACCUGCUUCUGGAGGCGUCGGACAUGGCCAACAUCAUGGCGGUGGCGUCCCAUGUCAUAGACAUCCUCGCCUUUCAGGAUGAGCUUAUGUCCGCAUACUGGCCUUCCGAGUUAGCUGCGGGCACGAUUCAGGCCACGAUCUUCUUGUGCACGAAGUCCUUCAAGGGGUACACUUUCUGCCGGCGAGUGAAUCACCUCUGCCGCGCUCAGGACUGCGAGAUCAGCGCCCUGUCGGAGAAGAUUUUGCAAGCUGCCGUUGGCAAGAAGGGGACAGAGCUUAUCAUCGACGGCAGUGGCAGUUGCGAUCCAGAGCCUCUUUCAGCCUUGCCACCCGGUGAGUCUGACUCAGAGAAGCUCUAA